AUGGGGCUGGUCUGCCUUCUGCUUAUCUUGAAUGUUUCAGCUAUGAGUGAUGAUGUGAACACCCAACUCCUCACAGCUGCCAGAGCACACCAAUUAAGCGUCACCGUCAGCCCCUUGCCCCGUCCGGCGGCCACCGCCCCUCCUCCCGCCACCUCCCCACCUGGGGGCGAGGCCGGCACCUGCGGCGGGAACCCGCCCCAGCCCGGCCGCACCGCCCCCGCCCUGGCAGGAAAUCGCCCCGACUCGGCGGGAGAGGCCACAGCGGAGCCGCAGCCACCCUCGGUCCCGCAGUCUGACUCGGCGCCGCCGUCGCAGCCCGCUCCGGGGCGGCGGGGCAGGGCUGAGGACAGGGUAGGGAGCGCUUGGCCGCCUCUCGGGACCGCCGCCACGCGGGGGCUACCACUGCGAGCAGGCAAGUAG